AUGCAGUCCUCGUCCCCCUUGCCCUCCGUCAGAUUUAUCCUCGAGUUGUCUCUCAGAGAUCGCCCAGCUUCUGCUACUGGUGACAGUCUCCCUCCGCCGCAGCCCAGCUCGAGCAACGUGAAGGCUCGGGUCGAAGUGGAUGCCGAAAAUACAGCCACUAGUUCCAGUAUUGGGUCCGUAGACCUUCGCCGCCAGUUCCCUGCAUGCAAUGAAGAAACAGGCGCGAACAAAAUCUGUGGCCGCUGGCCGAGUGAGAUACCAUCGGACAUGGUAUCGGUCUUUAGGGCUGACCCUUUUGCUUUCCGGCGUCGAAUGCCGAGCGAUGGGGAUCCCGACAGCAUCGUGGAAAUGGACGUCGAUCCUGAGCCUGUUUCAAGCCCGUCGCUUCACUUCGCCGCGACUGGCCCACUCCCGAUGUUCGCACACACGUUCCAGUUACCCUUACUCGACGAGUCUCUGGACCAAUUUCACUCAGUGAAGGCGGAGGAUGUUCCUGCGAACCACGGUAUGCAGGUUGACCACCCGAUGCCUACAAGACCCGCCACACCAGUCAACAAUCUAAUGAAGAAUCUCGAUGAAGAAGAUGGCUCCUAUUUCCCCGCCGAUGCUUCGCAGAUUACUCACGGUUAUUCGGUGCCUCCCACCCCAUCUGAAUAUGUUGACUCUCGUAUAUGCGCGCCUCAGCAACCAAUGCCGACACGUGCACGGCCUUUUAUGGACCAUGGCUUCCCGCUAGAAUCCAGGCGCAUAUACCCCGAUGAACCCCCGGUUUUUAACCCGUAUUUCGGACCCUUUCACCACGCAUUUAGCGACAGACCUCCACAAGUUUCUGACUGGCCGCCUCAAGCGCAAUUUCCCAGACGGCAGAGCGGUAUCGCGAACAUGUCCCACUCACUCGUUCCCAUUCAUGUCGACACUCGAAGACCACGAAAUGAUUCAAUGGGCCACCCGGGAAUCUCGCCAUCCUCAUCUUUGUCUAGUGUCUCCUCUGGCCCGAGUCUCUCCAGCUGUCGGACAACGCCUACCCUUUCACCUGCGUCCUCAAUGUCCGACAUAUCCUCGUAUUCGUCCAUGUCGUCUACUGCUGUGCCCAGAAGUUCUCUUGGUGGGCCUCGCGUUGAGACACAAGGAUUCAAUCUCGUUCCGUUACCUCCUCAUGCUGCUUUCUUCACGGAUUCUUACUGGAGAGGUAAUCCCUCGGUACCUGGCCCUCAUCAGGAGAGUCGUUAUCAGGUCGAUACCAGCCAAGCUCGGAUUCCGUACGCGGACGUUUAUCCCGAAACAUACCUGCCUCACGCAUUUCCUGUCCACGCACCGCGUCCUAUUGCGACUGAUCUUCCGUUAUACCUUUUGCAACAGCGCGGAAACUCGCAAUCCCACGUACAGUCGCCUAACGAAAGGUCGCAAAAAUCAAGCAAAAGUAAGACGCAAGCCAAGUCUGGUCCUCAAGUUCGUACAGUAUACCCUUGUCACUUAUGUCCCCGGAAAUUCAAUUUGCCUAAUGGGCUGGCGAUACACAUCAAAUGGCAUCGAGGCAUCGCUCAGAAGGAGAAGACCGACCAACCGAAAGUCGAAGGCAAGUCCCAGUCCGGUCCAAAGGACGCCCUAGGACGCGACGAGAAGAUAGCGGUUGACCAAUCUCCUUCGCGGCGUUCUGACGCAGCGGAGGGAUCUCUGAAAAAUGAUCCGGAUCCUGUGAUGGUAAUGCCGCCGCACCUUCCGCGGCGUCGAACGACUGCAUUGGCUCACUCUCCCACUGACUCUUCCUCCCGUGGACGGAUUUUCCCUGAAGCCAUCGACGACUCAUCUGCAUGCGUCGGCUUAGGUCUGUUUCUGCCCCAGGACAGCGGAUCUGCGCCGUUCUACGAGAAUUCCGCCCAUGUGUUCCUCGAAGUCAGCUUGGUCCGAUGGGUAACCAUUCAAGAUCGCCCACGAGUCGAAAUACUGGGACUAUCCCGACGGUACCCUCCACCCCGUCGAGAAAGUCUUGUGCCCAGCUGCCUGACCUUGGGACUGAGAAAUCCGCAGAUAUCCGUGGACAAGGGUUUCCACUCGUGGCCAGCGAAUGUCUCUCGUAUGACCAGCACGACCCGUCUCCGCGGUGUCUGUACCAUCGAAGUUGCCACGCCUAGUGUCGUCCGAUGA